AUGUCCCUUAUGCAUGCCGUGAGGGAAGAAGGGUUACGACUUUUCGACUUUCUGGCGCGGAUAAGGUGGCAAGACUUGCAUGAUAGUCUGGAUGGCCGCGGCGACGAUGUGCCAGACCCUGAUCCGAAGGGCGAUGAGGAGGGAGGUGAGGAUGACGAGAGCGACGACGACCGGAGUGGGUCGUCCAGGCGCCGGAAGCGCCGGCACAAGAGGUCUCGGCUUCAGCGUGCUGGAGCGAAGGAUCCGGUCGUCGAUAGCACCGCCAAGGUUCAAGGUUGGCUUGCUCAUGUAAUCCAACCGGAAGGCCCAGGCGCUGCUCCUGGAGCGGAGGAUCUUCCUCCCUUCGCGUCGUGAUCGUUGGGGCCACCCGACUUUCCGUCCUCCAGGUAAGUAUCGAGGUAAGUAUGGUCUCUCCUUCCCGAAGAGGACGUGGUAGAAA